GACACCAUCUUCUCUUGGUCUCCAUGGGCGAGAAGCGAUCUGCUGCGGAUAGUGGCAUCGCCGACGCCGACGAGCACGCCGGCGGCGGCGGCGGCGGCAAGCGGAGCUGCAUCGAGAGCACCGACAAUUACGAGGUCACGUGCUGGCUCAGGAAGGGCGCGUUCGGCGCCGUCAUCAGGGCGCGCCACCGCGCGACGGGCAGGGACGUCGCGAUCAAGUUCCUCCGCCGCCACCGCUGCGGCAUGGGUGGUAAGGCCGUCGGCGAGGACGCGCUGCUGCGGGAGGCGCUCUACCUCGCGCGCUGCAGCCACCACCCCUCCAUCGUCCACUACCACGGCCUCGCGCUCGAGCCGCGCUCCGGGAUGUGGGGCCUCGUCAUGGAGCACGUCGGCCCUAGCCUGAGCAGCGUCCUGCGCGAGCGCCACGGCGGCGGCGGCGGGCCGCCGUUCACGGAGGAGGAGGUGCGCCGCGUCAUGCGGCAGCUGCUGAGCGGGGUGCAGAGGCUCCACGACCGCCACGUCGUCCACCGGGACAUCAAGCCCGGGAACAUCCUCGUCGGCGACGGCGGCGUCGUGAAGCUGUGCGACCUCGGGCUGGCCAUGGACACGGCGGCGCGGAAGCCGCCGUACCAGAAGGCCGGAUCGCCCGGGUACAAGGCGCCGGAGAUGCUCCUCGGGAAGCCGGACUACGGCGAGCUCGUGGACGCCUGGUCGGCCGGCUGCGUGAUGGGCGAGCUCCUCGCCGGCGUGCCGCUGUUCCGGGGGCACAGCGAGACCGACGAGCUGCUGAGAAUCUUCCGCCUGCUCGGCGCGCCGUGCCGCCAGACAUGGCCGAGCUACCCGUCGCUGCCGCUCUUCGGCGCGGUGCCGAUUUGCCGGAGCUGGGACUGAAACCGGCUGCGCGACCUGUUCCCGGAGGAGCGCCUGUCGCGCGACGGGUUCGAGGUCUUGAACGGCCUCCUCACCUGCAACCCCGACGCGCGGCUGUCGGCGGCGGAGGCGCUUCGGCUUCCGUGGUUCAACGCCACCGUCGACGGCAUAGCAGCAGCUGAUGAGACGAAGAUCGGUCAGCCGGCGGCGUCCCCGAGGCAGGAGCCGCCGCCGCUGGCGAGCUUCGCCGCUAUCCCUUGUGGUGAUUAUGGCACCGGCUUUGCCGGGUAGGCGAGAGUUUGUGGAAGUGAUGGUCUUUCAAAUAUUCUUGUACAUGUACAUUUGUAAAUUGUAAUGCAAAAUGCAGAGUAACUCAUUCUGUUUAGUCCUCGAGAUAAUGGAGUGCCUUUUUGUAGUGUCCA